AUGUGCAAUGUUGUGUGGAUUUUGUCGUGCUGUUUCAGGGGAAGUUGUCGACUUUGUUGUUCUGGCGUACCAGCUUGCACCACAUCAUUAUCCGCCAGGAUCACCUAUCUAGUGUACUUAGUCAUUGGAAUCAUUGUAACAUGCAUUUUUAUGGCUCCAGCUGUUACCGAAUCACUUAGCAAGUUUGAAUCAUUCUGCAAGUCAGCAUCUUUGUACAUUCCAACUCAGCCAGUGAGCAAAUGCAAUGAUAUAACAGCUGGUGUGAAGAAUGUUGUUGGAUUCCCAGCUGUUUACAGGAUGUGCUUUGGCAUGUCACUCUUCUUCUUUGGCUUCGUGAUACUCAUGAUAAAGGUAAAAUCAUCAAAUGAUUACAGGGCUUACAUUCAGAACGGGUUCUGGUUUUUUAAAUUCAUCAUCUUAGUUGGAUUAAUAGUUGGAUCCUUCUUCAUCCAUGCUCCCAAUUUUGAAUUUGGCUUUAUGAUAAUUGGAGCCAUUGGAUCCUUCUUAUUUUACAUCAUACAAAUGGUCUUGAUUGUUGAUUUUGCUUACGGAUGGACAAUAAAUUGGGUGCAAAGAUACGAAAACACCGACCAAAAAUUUUGGUUCUAUGGAAUCAUAGCAUUUUCAUUUUUAUUUUACUUCAUGUUUAUAGGCGUUUGUGUCGUGCUGUUUAUCUUUUAUGCGGCAGGAGAUUGUGACCUCCAUAAAUUCUUCAUCUCAUUCAACUUGAUUCUCUGUGUGAUUGUGUCCGUUAUAUCUGUGUUACCAAAAGUUAAAAAAUACAAUCCUCACUCUGGCCUCCUUCAGUCAUCAGUUGUCAGUUUGUACACAAUGUACAUCACCUGGACAUCAAUGGCCAGUUCUCCAACGUGCAACCCCCUAAGCAAGUGCUUACAAAUGCCAGAUGGAUCAAAUUCAACUACUGUUAAUUUGGAGACAUGUACAUUUGAAACUUUUAGUUAUGAUGUCAUUGUCCCACUCGUCAUUUUACUCUUUUGCAUUCUAUAUGCAGGAAUAUCAGAUGCAAGCAGUGAUGCCAUAGACACGGUUAGAGGCAUAUCAACAAGAGCUGAUGCAGUUGUUUCAGAUUCUGAGCAGACGAAAGAUUCAGAGAAGGGAGGUCAGAAGGUGGUUGAUGACGAGAAGGAAGGAUGCAAAUAUAAUUACAGCUUUUUCCAUUUCAUGUUCCUACUUUCUGUCCUCUUCCUCAUGAUGACUCUCACACAUUGGUUCACGCCUAAUGCUCCAAGCAUGCACACAGUACCUGCAGUCUGGGUGAAAAUAGCUAGCAGCUGGAUGAACCUGCUAAUUUAUUUAUGGAUUCUUUUAGCACCUAUAAUUUUAAGAAACAGAGAAUUUACAUGA